GUUGUUGUUGUUGUUGUUGUUAAGAUAUUGGGGUCGUUACCACAACGCCGAAAUACCAUAACGCCGAAUGUCAAAAUUGACCACAACGCCUACAGCUAGAAAACUGCUGUGUACCACACCAUUUUCUCAUAUUACAAUGUUUGUUUAUCUUUGGUCUGUUGUGAAUCAUUUGUUUAACUCACUUGAAGCGAUUGCAACAGAUGUUUGAAAGUGUUUUAAUGUUUUUGUUCUGUAUUGUAAAGAAAUUGUUAUAAAUACAUUGGUUUUUUACUAGAGUAAUUUGCAGUGAACGGGUUUAAAAAUGAGAAUAUGUCUUGUUUCGAAAGUGUACAUGGUUGUGGUUGUACUCUUGUCAGUUAUAAACACUUCGCUAAAUGCUGUUUUGAAUCUGGAAACAAAGAAAUUAUACGAUGACUUAAAAUCUGGACGGGGACUUUAUACUGGUGAUGAUAAGGUCAUUGUUCUCAAUUCCACAAGUUUUAAAUCGUCUGUUUUUGGAUCUAAGAAUGCUUGGCUGGUUGAGUUUUACAACAGUUGGUGUGGAUUUUGCCACAGAUUUGCACCAGUAUUGCGCUCUUUGGCAGCUGAUAUUUAUGCGUGGCGGGACGUGCUGAGCGUGGCCGCGGUGGACUGCUCCACCGACGACAACAACCCGCUGUGCCGCGAGUACGAGGUCAUGUACUACCCCAUGCUGAAGCUGUUCCCGGCGGGCGCUCGGCCGGCCGCCCUGGGCUCGGAGGUGGACAAGGGCAACACCGUGGACAGCAUCCGGGGCUCCCUGGCCGGGCUGCUGCGGAGGGAGCAGGUGGAGGGGCGGGGCGCGGGCUGGCCCAACAUCACCCCCUACAGGAGCAGUGAUACUGCCAAUUUGUGGAAAAAUGUACCCGGAAAUGUAAAGUACAUUUUUUUGAUCUUCGAACAAGCUGAUUCGACAGCGGGCAUAGAAGCCAUACUGGAUCUUCACUCCGUCAACAGUACUCAGAUAAGACACGUGACGAGUGAGAAUGAAGGCUUGGCCAAGUUGAUGGGUGUGUCCAUGUUCCCCAGCCUUGUUGUGUUGGAUGCCAGCUCCACCGUCACUCCUCUCAAGGUCAGCGACGGCACCAGAACCACGUUUCGGCAAGCCAUCAAAGCAUUCCUGGAAGCCCACGACAUCCCGGUGCCAAAAGAACAAAGUAUCGUAGAUCCGGGCGACUGGCGUCACAUCAAAGCUCCCGAUCUCUCGGAGAUAAUCAGAGUGGCGGAGGAAGAAAAAAAGACAAAAAAAAAGAGCGAGUUAGUCUUCCAAGCUGAUUUAGAGAAGGCGGUGAAGUAUUCGCUGGAGCACGAAGUGUCUAUGCGUAAGUUAAUAUCAGGUGCUGCUCUCACGGCUUUACAAAAGUACCUCGCCGUCCUGGCCAAAUACUUUCCCGUGAGGUCGGAGCACGGCAAGAGCUUCUUCAGCGACCUCCGUGCCAACCUGGACGUGCCCGGCGUGGAAGGAGAAGCGUUCUCGGCCGGCGUGAAGUCCGCGGAGAAGGGAGGGUCUCCCUUCGUGAUCUCGGGGUCGCAGGACUGGGUGGGCUGCAAGGGCAGCGCGGAGCACUACCGCGGGUUCCCCUGCGGCAUGUGGCUGCUGUUCCACACGCUCACGGUGGCCUCCGUCUCGCAGAGGGGCGGGGAGCCUGGGUUCGACAGCCUGGAGGUGCUGGACGCCAUGCUGGGGUACGUCACACACUUCUUCGGCUGCCGCGACUGCUCCCGGCACUUCCAGGAGAUGGCGGCGUCGCUGAGCAGCGAGGUGACCAGCCCCAACGCCUCGGUGGCGUGGCUGUGGCGGGCCCACAACAAGGUGAACCUGAGGCUGGCCGGGGACCCCUCGGAGGACCCAGCACACCCCAAGGUACAGUUCCCGUCCCCCGAGACCUGCCCGCCGUGCCGGGACCCCGCGGGCGCCUGGAGCGAGCCCCAGAUGCUGCAGCACUUGUUCCGCGUCUACGCUCCGGAGAACAUCGUCGUUCCCCGCGGGAAGGACGGUCGCCCAGGUAACACUCCGGGCUGGAAUUUCAAUGUGUUCGACCUGAGCUUGUGUGUUAUGCUGUACAUGUUCUCUGCUUCCAUAUGUAUCCUGGUAUGUAUAAAGUUUGUAGUGAAGAAGAGGUAUAGGAAGAAAUCCUACGUCCACGACUUGUUUGGGAAAGUCUAACCUACUUGCUUCGCUGUGACUAACCAGUUUCUAUCUUUUCUAGUUCAGGUCAUGCUGUUGGCAUUUUCAUUUGGUACAGUCCACAGAAAGAGCCCAGGAAAUAUACCACGAAGACCACAGUGCCUUAAAUUACACGUGUAUUUGUUUCACUAUUACGUGGUAUUAUUUACUGUUAUAACAUUUCCACUUUCACCUUGGAUGCGCUAACGAGGGUUGAACAGGCCUAGUUUAUUUCUUAUGGUUAUAUUGGACUUAAAAUUAGCCUUUUGUAUACAAUUUUUAAUUUUUCUGACUGUUGAAAAUAGUUUAAGAGGUCAUCUUGACUUAAAAUUAUGUUCCAACAUGGAGGUCAUUAGUGAAUGAUUGAACAAACUUGCAUGAGCUUGAAGCAUGAAGUGGUUUUGCCAUAUUGGUACUACAUCCAGAAAUGAGUGAGUUGAGGUUAAACUUAAGCUUGCAAAGUCUAUACUGUUUCCUUCACAGGGUGGUAACUUAUAUUGUUUUUCCUGUUCUCUUGCUAGGCAUCUCCGACACGUCAUGAUAUGUUGGUAAUCAUCUUUAAAAAUUUAUUGUUCUUCUUCCUCAGCCUGAAGUUGUAACUACUAACUAGUAUAUCAUUGAAUUACAAGCUAUUCUUUGAGGUUUUAGAAUUACAUAAUAUUUUUUUAUGAAUUAUAGGAUGCUUAAAAAAUUUGUCUUGCUGAUUGCAGUUGAAUUAGUAAUUGCCAAGUGAGUGAAGAGUCAGUGAGUAAGUUAAAUGAGAUUUUGAGAGCUACGUUACCAUGAAAAGAACGGGCGCUCAUAUUGAUUAUUAUUAUUAUCAUCAAAAACUACACCAAUCCCUCACUUAGCACGACUAAUGUGUUCCUAAAAACAUUUGUGUUAUUCGAAAUCAUGUAUUCUGAAGCAUUAGUCUCCAUAAAUAGCAAGGCUAAUGUAAUUUGUUCCAAAAUGUGUAUUCUUUACUUAAUAUAAAUGAAUGGAAUAACACUCUACCUUAAAUACGUUACACCAUUUAUCUUUAUAAGUCUACCAUCAAAAACUUUGUAUGACAAAUAUGACAGAGCGUAAUGGGAGAUAACUAUCGUCAGUCGGCUGUUUGACUUUUCCGCAAACUUUCCAAACCAUCUUUUAUUGGCAGUGAAACCGAUGUAAUUGUCCAGAUAUUUACAUUUUAAUUUUUCAAAAAUUAAAGUGCUUAUUUGUGUAUCACUGCUUGGUUCACACCAAUCCUGUCAGACCCAUGAUUUUUUUGUAUUGCGCCAUUCAUUUAACAAGCUUUUCCAUGUAAAUCACCUGUUCAUUUCUGUUCCGGUAUCUAUAAUGUCAAAUAUAUUCUUAACAGCAUCAGACUUAUAUAAACGUUUGAUAGAGUCCUUAUUUCGUACGAUUGUGCGCAGUUGACUUGCUUAAAACUAAAGUGCAAUAAACAUAACUGUGGCCUUCAUGUCAUUCUGCAUGUCUCAUAAUACUUCUAGUUUUGUCUCAAAUACUUGAACACGAUACAUUACGCUCUCACUCGGAAGCCAUGAUUCCAACUGCAGUUACCGGCAGACGAAUAGGCAGACGUUGCUUGUUUUCAUGCUAGUUCCCUGCCACUGGCUAGACUGAAGUUCAUCACGGCCUGGUCUGUGGCCGGGAGACAACGGUACGGCACGGCGGCAUACACGCGGACGUAAAAACAUUUGGUCCUUUACACUCCAUAGUCGCAACUUAACUUGCUAUAGCUGAUGUCUACACAACAGCCUAUAGCGUAGACAGACUUCCCCCUUUGUAUGGCCAACUGUAUGCCACGAUGCAUCUGUUGUUUACCGAGUUGAGGCAUACUUAGUGUCACGCCUGACUUUUUUUUGCCUGUGGUGAUUUCGUGCUAAGUGAAAUUUGCAGACAUCAUAUUCAAGACUGGGGCAGUAAAAUUAACAUCAUGCUAAAUGAAUUUGCACAAUUUGAAGACAUGCUAAGUGAGGGAUGUGUGUAUUUAUACUAAAAUUUAAUAAAGUUAAUUGGUGUUUAAUGUGCAGUAGAAUCAUGAACUAAGCUGUAAAUACCUGAAAUUAUUUCUGAAUUCCAAUUCCCUUGGUAUUUCAUUACCAUUUAUAUACUGCUCAUGAAGUCUUUUACAAUCAUGCUUGCACUAAUGCUUUUAUUCCUAUUUUAUUUCUUUGCUUUAGGGGAGCUUUCAGAAUUUUUUUUUUUUAAGUUGGUGACAUGUGUAAAGUUUACCUUCAUCUUUGGCUUAAAAGUUUUCAAUGGGUAACCCAUUUUGGUACUUCAGUUGGCUGUUUGCCACCAGUUUCGACAACUUUCGAUGCUGUGCAUGGUCAGACUAGAGCCAGUAGACAUGAAGCCAAAUUGAGUGAACUGAAUUUGUUUAGAGUUUUAAUCACUAUCCGGCGGAACUGUGUUGGCAUUCCGGUUGUGUGCAGUUGGCAGGGAUGUUGGUGUUGUCAAGUUAUUCUCUUUGGCGCUGAUGACAAUUACUAACAAAAUUAAAUAAAAUAAAAUGUAACGAGAUGCAAAAAAUUCUCCCCCACCCCCAACAAUCCAACUAAGAAUACAUGUAUUUAUUUUAAGGUUCUGUCAGACAGUUUGUGCUUCAGAAAGGUAUUUCAAGCAAAUAAAUACAUACUGGACAACACCCCAUCAAUUUUAACUUCAUGCAAAAUUUUUAAAAGUAUUCUAUAACUCUUUUCUAGGUAAAAAGCUAUCAAUAUAUAUGGAUAAUUUUUUGUUUAUUACUCACGCACUACUUUAUAGUAACAGAGUGCAAUUGGAUUUGAUCUAUAUCACUUUGAAAGGACGCUUCAACCUGCUAGUCACUGCACCCGACAAUGGGCCAGCAAAAAUAACAAUAUAGGAAAAGGGGGGUUCUUCUAGUAGAACCUGUUGCAGCUAGUUUAGAGGUGUACAUCAAAGAGUAUAAAAUUAGACGGGAUCAUAAGGAACAUGAGACUAGUAUAUUAUUAAGUAUCCUUAUACACACACAUAUAUUUAUAUUCUUUGGAAUAAUGAAUACAGGUGAAAGUGCACAAGUACAAAAACAAGUUACUGAUUAUGAAGGUACAUCGUGCGCCACAAGUGGUACUACUGAGCAAGUUAAACGCGAGCAUAAAUGAACAAAUUUAAAGUGAGCACCUACGCUCGGACCAAUUCAUCACAUUGUGAAAGCGCGUAUAAUUAGAAACAGUAAAUAUUGUAUAUUUCUUCCCUGCCGCGACGGCGAACCACGCAGUAGAGUCAGUGAGUGAGGUUUCCCGAAUUGGGCCUCUGAACUCCGUGCCAGACACGUACGUGAGGGAAAACAAAGCUAAUUUAAAAAUGGCAAGUUUUGUUGCUGCAUCUCGUGUGUCCCUGUUACGUUGUCCAUGUGCUGUUUUAUCACCUUUCAAAAUAUGAUCUAGGAGUAUUAAUAUUAAGUUUUAACCAAUUUUCCAGAGGACAGUUACAUUGUUAAAUUAUAUAAUAGCAAGUAGAAAACCUUAUAGGUAUGUAUACAGUUUUCACCUAAUUUUAACACCUUAUCUAUGCCACGUGGUAAAUAAUAAUUUCACUUCUCUUUGUUUAUGCUCUUGUAAUACUUCAAAUUUACUUUGCAGUAGUAAUUUAAGUUCUGCGCUCUUAUUAAGAAUCUUAUUCCAAAAACUGUUGAUAUGUAAUGGUUCCUCUUAUUUUUGAAAAUGUGUGGUGCAUGCUUUUCACUUUUAAAAUCACAGCUCGACUCUUGUUCAAUAUCAUUACCAAUCUCCCAUGGAGUCAAUAAAUUUAACUUUACUUUUUUUUGUCUUUAAAUCCAGACUCAUGCGUUAGGCUUCACAAAAGUUACAGUUUGUAAUGUUGUUAGAUUUAAAAUUUUGAAGUUUUACCGUUCUAAUGCUCUUUCUGUAUAAUCUGGUUGUAUUAUGAAAGUUUUGCAAAUUACAUUACAAAUGGCUGGUAUUUAAGGGUGCCUGAGAACCUAACUCUCCAAUUUAACAUUGAUUUUAUGGCAUAUAUGUAAUACAAAUUUAUUUCACGACUUUGCCUUCUACAAUGUUAGAGCAGGACUUACUGUAUGUGUCUAACGUCCUUUGCUCUCCUGCUUUUUAUUAACGUAUCCUAUUUUAAGUUUUUGUUUAAAAAAAUUUAAUCCAGUGUUGUGAUAAAAGAAAAUCAGGUAAAUUUAUCUUACCUUUGCGGUUAUUCAUUUCUAUGUUUAAAUAAUUAAGUUAUUUAAAGUUUAAAAUCUUCAAAAUAUGAUAUUAAUCUGUUUCUUCAGAGUAUGUCCCUAGAGAUUUUAGGAGAAUUUACAAUUGGUGUACUGCAUGUUAUAAAUACAUUAAUAGGUACAUGAAGAAAUAACAGUAGUGCAACAAUAGCUGUUGGAAUGAUUGGGGGGGGGGGGGGGGGGGGGUGUUGGAGUAAGACUUUAGAUGUCAUUCAUAGAGACAUUUUAUUCAAUUUGUCGAUUAUUUGAUUUUGCACAGUCAACAUUUUAAAUGAUGUGCUACAUAACAAAGAAAUUUUUGAACUCUGGAAGUAAAAAUGUUUUUAAUAAUCAGAUUAGAUAUGUUCAGUAUGGUUAAACAGUAGCUGUUCCAAUUUAAAAAUGUUAUUUUCCCUAACAAUGAAAGGCUGUAGUUAUUACUCACAAUGUCAAGUCACCUGCAGCUGAUGUCAAGGCAUCUGAGUACCAAUGUUCACCCUCGUUAGAUGUCUGUGUCAUGACGCGCAUUGAAAAUAUUGGUUCUGUUUAUUUUUGAAGGUUUAUUUGUCACAAUCUCUUUUUAUGUACUCCUGUUAAGAAUCUACUUACCCACAUAUAGAUACCCAAAUAUUUCAAAUCAGAUUUUUUUUUUCUAUAGUGCAGGUAAUACUGUAAAAUAAAUUUUAUGCUUCCCAAAAUGCAAAAUUUUAAAGUUGCAUGAACGUGGAUUUUUCAAGUUUAUAAAUGAGCAUGUGUGGAUUUUAUACUUCCGCAUUGGUUUUUACUCAACUGAAACACUACUAUGGCAGCUUUACGUAGCAAAUCUAUUCCAACAGCAUGAUACUGCGUGGUGUGCUCUGAUAGGUUACUGAGCUUGUGGUGUGUAUGGCUGGCAGUUUGUGUGUGGCCAACAGUAACCACGACGAUGAUCAAACAAUGAACAAGUUUCUUAUUGUGUGAAUUCUGUUUGAACUGCUUGCUCGUACGGUUACACUGUUUUCCAACAUUGACAUUAGUUUUAUGUUAAAACAGUUUUGACUGAUACUCGAAAAAUCAUGAAUACUUAAUUGAGGUUUGUGGAAAACAUGUGUCUAUAUUAAGUAGAAGUGUUGAAAUACAAUGAAAAAUUGUAAUAAUAUAUGUUAAAUGUAAGUUUUUACAUUGAUUAAUUUUUUUUUACUUUUUUAUACAUGAUUCUUUCAUGCUACAUUCCAUCUUAUUUUUGUCCAAGUUACAGUGCUUUUAUUUAUUUGUUUUAAAUAUUUGUUCAUGCAUCUAAGUGCUUGAUUAAUGUUAGUAUUCUGUACUCAAGCAAUGCCACGCUAUUUUCAGAAUUUUUUUUGUUUAAAAUCUGAAUUUUCUAUAUUUUUAUUUUGUUCUUAAGUACUAUUGUAUAAAAGGCAUUUAAUAUAGGACUUCCAGAUAUAUUCAGAAGUAUUAAAUGUUUUUUUUUACAAUUAGCAUUGUUAUUUGGUGUAAUUAGUAGGUAAUAGAUUUUGAAUACAAUCAUAGAUUUUGAAUAGAAUUUUAAAGUUUAUAUUAUAUAAAAGUUUAAAUUAGUUAUACUCAUUUUCCAAAAAUUAGGCUAGCUGUGAAUAAUUGAAGGUUGUUUUAUAAUGGCUCAUGAAUAAAGACUCAAGACUGUAUAUUUUGAACAAUGUAUAUAAGCAUCUGGGUGAUGUAGUGUAAAUACAUAAUGUUAUUGUGAUUUGUGUGUGCACUUUUGCAUGAGAGCUGGUUAUAAUUAAAGUUGGUGAUUUAUUGUUCCUAUUCUGUGUGGUGAAUCAAGAAUUAAUUUUUGUCAUGAGUAUGUUAGUUAAUAAUUUCAUCAUAAGUUGUAUAUACAUAUUUUUAUAUUUUCAUUGAUUAUUUAUUUAUUUGUUGACAGCUACAUCAUCAGAUAAAAACGUAGCUCCUGGAAUGCAUUGAACAAAAAGGAACAACAUUAGCAGUUAAGUAGAGAGUGGAUGUAUUUUAUGUAAUUACUAUACAACAUUAUCUUUAUUGAAACUAGUUAGUGAAUUGGGUAGCACAACUGUAUGCUGCUACUUCUUGUGGAAGUCAGUAGAUAUUGAAAAGUGCUAUAAAAUUAGGGACAAGAUUAUAUGGUGAAUCGUGGUAAAACUUAAAUAACAUCAAAAUGUAACUAAAAAUAUGAAAAAAUUAGUAGUUUGACAAAACUAAACUCAAACUAUAAUAUUUAAUAUUAUACUAUAUACUAUGGUAAAUACAGUGGAUAUAAUUUAUUUAUCUAUAUUUUGUACCAAAAUGUAUAAACUAAACAGCUUGGAAAAAAUCAAUAUUAUGUUGUUUGAUCUUGCAUCUCUUUUAUAAACAACAUGUUUUUACAGUAAUGAUGUUUGCACAUUUUUCAAAUAGACAAAAACAAAACUUAGCUGAUAUAUUUUUCUGAGUAGUUCUGUUCUAGACAGGGUUAUUUUAUUACAAAUGAUUUUUUUUGUAUAAGAUAAUCAUGACUAUCGGUGAAAACAUAAAUAAGUUCUAAGAAAUAUUUAAGUUUCAUAUUCGUUAAAUAGUACAUUAUUUUUAUGAAAAAAGACAAUGUUAAAAAUAAAAACAACACUGAAAUCUCCUGUUUUACAAAAAAAAAAUUAUCUUAUAAUAAAAUCAUAAAAUCUUGUCCUUAAUUAUAAUCACUGUGACUCCUCAAGAAUAAUUACAUAAUUUUUUUUUGUUCUAUACUUUACACAAAGCGAAAAAAAUAAAUAGUACAAUUUAAAAGUGUGGCACUGUGACUUUCCUGGCGGUGUGGAUUUUUUUUAAAUGUGGAACAAACGACUCACUUGAAAAGAUAAUGGUUAAAGUGAAGAUGUGGUAAGUGAACAUGUAGGUUGGUAGCAGGUCACGAAGUAAUUUAUACACAAUGUUCGAUGUAUUACCUGUUUUGAAUUUCUACGAAAUUCUUACUUCUGUUCCCACGGCGCAGCAAUUUUCUCUCUCUCUCUCUCUCUCUCUCACUCUCUCACACACACACACUCACUCCAGUGACAGUGACUCACACGCCUAGCGUGUGAAAUAAAGCCUCGGUCGUGGAAAUAACGAAGGAGAAUUACGUCAGCAUGUCUUCCCACUCAAAGAAGACCGCAAAAAAUAAACACUUCAAAAAUAAACAUAUGCAUUUUAAAAAAUUAAAAAAUAAACCCGGUGAAUUACGUUCACAAUAACUUCUAAAAGGAAAAACUUUACAUCUAACCUGAAAUAUGACAGAAAAUUUAUAACAAAUUAUUAUUACUGGAUUGCAUGAGGAAGGCUGUAAUAUGAGUUGUUACAAGUAAGUUACAUAAAAAUAAUUUAGAUAAUUUGUUUGUUUUGCAAGCUUAAAAGCAAUUAAAUACCUCUAUUUGUAUGAUUAAACUUUCUUGUUAAAUAAUUAUGUACUUUUGAAACAUAACUGAAUUUAUUUUAUAUUUAAUAAUUAAGUUUUGAAGUUUAUUAGCUAUUUUUUAUAGUAAUUACUUGCAUGCCUACUGUCCUCUUGAUAUUGGUUUUUUUGUAAAAUCACCAAAUAUCUAGAUUGUGGGCUAUAAAUGUGUCAUUACUAUUAUAAUAGUUCUUCCUGUUAAUUUACAGUAUUAUGAUUCGUCACUUGAUCACGAACUUGGCCAUCAAAUAUUUAUUAAAAGAAAAGUUAUUUGUGAACUGUAAAAUGUCAUCCAAGUGAUCAUAAUUGUGAACAUUUGUGUGACCUUUAGCUCUUCUAGAUGGCUUGUGGUAAAUAUCUGGUGAUAAAACUUGGAAUGAAAUACAAAGUAAUAGAGAGCUAUCAUGAUAAAUUUACGGUAAUAGUCCUUUAAUAAUAGAAAUGAGAAGAAAAGAAAAUAACCAACGUUACAUACGAGACUGUGCCUUAAAUGUAUUUUUUUACGAUUGGAAGGACUUAAUUAUUUAUUUAUUUAUCAUUAAGCUUUACGUAUUGUUGACAGCACGGUCAUUGUAAACAACUCGCGACAAUCAUGGAUAUUGAGGAAUCAGUCAACCAUGACAGGACAAGAUUAUAUGGUGACUUGUGACAACCAAAAUAACACCGAAAUGCCAGUUAAAUCAUAAAAUUUUGCAUUUUUUUAGAAUGAAGGAAAAAUUAAUUUGCUUUGAUUAUUUGUCUCUUUUUGAGUCAAUACUUUCUGAUUACGACGUAAAUGUAUUUCUGCUAAGUGAAGUUUCAAACUACAGUAGAACUUGUUUAAUUUAGUCUAUAAAUAAAUAAAUAAAUAAAUAAAUAAAUAAAUAAAUAAAUAAAUAAAAAAGGGAAAAUAAUUUUGAAUGACUUAAAACCUGGAGCUACAAAGGGAAAAACAUUUUCUUCAACUAAAGCAAUUUUUAAAAAUUUAAAAACCAUUCACAUUUGUUUCCGCCAACAGGUUUGCUUAUUUGUUUCUUACUAAGCUAACUGCUAUUGCUACUGAAGUCAGAGCUUUGCCUGGAGUGCACUUGAAAAACAGUGCAGUUGCACCUAGACUCAAAACAAAGAGCAUGGAAAUGACAAGACAGAACCUCGGAACUGUGAAAUUAGGCGUAACACCGCAAUAUUGACUGUGGGACGACAGUUCUGGGAACAAACAUGAAAAAUAUCCAACGUCUUUCCAUCUGUGUACCAUGCAGUCAAUCACAUUGUAUUUCCGUGAGUCUUUUUUUUCACUACUUUAGACACAAUUUUUUCCUGUUUCCUGACCAUGUAACACAUACAGGUUCAGAUAGCAACACACCUGUGAAACAUAACACACAAAGUUGGGAAAAAAAAGUGAAAAAAUCUUAAUGGCGAGCUUGCAAGUGACGUUUGAGAAACAUCAUUUUCACACCUGUUUCGAUGUUGGCAGCCUAACAUGGUGAAAACUUUGUCGUCUUACUGUAUUAGAGCGUGUGGCUCAAGAUUAAAGAAAACAAAGAAAUAAGCGGACUUCCUGACUAUGACAGGUUUGAACACAUUUGGUCAGAGUUUAUCCUUUAUAAAAAAAAAGUCUGCAAGUGGUAAACAGUUUGUGUCCCCUUCAUUGAAAACAGAAUAAGUUGCCUCCACAGAAAUGUAGCAUGCUUUACUAGAUUUUCUGGGCAUUUUACUUUGAAUUACCCAAAUAAAACCUUGAACUAAACUAAGAAAUUUAAUUUAGAUUAGAUAUUAAAUUCAAGGGAACCAGUGAAACUUUCCAAAACAUCUAUUCUUUUGAAAUAAACUAAACUGAGUUAGGUUCUAACAUAUUAAAUUUUGUCAGUUCUGGUUUCUGACUAACUUACCACCAUUCAUAAAUUACGUAGAGUACUGAUACAGAUGCAGUAUAUACAUACUAAAUUUAAUGUAUGAUAAUUGCUAUAUAUCUCUUUAAAUACAAAAACUUCUUUAUGCCUUAAGUGGUUUAUUAUUUAUGUUGUUAAAUUUAUUUUAGAGAAAUAAUAUUAUGUUUUAUUUUUCGCUCAAUUUUUUUUCUAUUAAAAUGGAAGAUGGUUUUAUUAUUACAGCUUAAAUGCUGUUAUUUAUUAACAUGGUGCAACGUUCAACAUACAGUAUGUUAAAAUCUAUUAUUUCAGUUUUAUUGUAAUUCAUAGUAAAAUAUUAUUUCUAGUAAUUGUUAAUAUGUAUCAAAUGUUUUAAACAAUUUUUUCUAUUUUUAAUAAUAAGUAAUCAGUGUACAGUGAUGAAAAUUUUGUUAACAGAUACUUCCCAUAUCAUACCAUUGUCAAGAAAGUCACACUGUCACAUAGAAAUGUUUUUAUGUCUAGUAGUCAGUGGAACAAAAUAACUUGAAGCUUUUUUUUAAUUUUAGUUGAAUGAGUAGUUUAAGUACCGUAAAGGGGGGUUACAUUGUGACACUUUUUGAAGUUUUACCAAAAUAUUUCCGAAUACAUACUUAGCUGUGCAAUAUUAUAUAAUCUAUUCAAGAGCCGUAUCCUUUCUCUACAAGAUGACGAAGAGAAAUACACGAUAAGACAAAACACUAUAUGUAAAGUACAUCUGAAAUUGUCACAAACUCACCCCACAUUUGGGGGUGACUUUGUGACAACAGUAACUGUUAUAAGAAUAACACAGAAAAGUGCAAAAACAUAAAGUCACCCCUUAUAACUGUGAUCUCAAACUUAAACUAGAUAUUUCCCACAUGUAAUAUGUUGAAAAUUAAAACAUUUUAAAACACAAACUGGGUUUUACUUCACCAUACAUCUUCACUGUAAAUGUUUGCUUCAAGCACUCUGAAGACACCCCGGGACCCCAUUUGCUUUGGAGUGUUAAUUAGCUGGACAAUUUCAUCUAGAGAAUACUCGAUCACAUCCGGUACUGUGAGCCAUUUCCAAUUUUUUUUACUUUUCACCAUUGCCUUAACCAUGUACCCAUUGGCAGUUUUGCUGGUGAUAAUCCCUGGAUACAGACGAUCCUCAUGUGUAACCAGCACAUAUUUUCCUGGUUGUAUGUCCACCUCAUCAACAUGUUGUUUGUUGGAUGUACUGGUAAUGGUUCUUUCGUCACUUGGUUCAUCAGAAUCAUCCUGAAAUGAACUGGUGUCCAUGCCUUCAUCGCUAUUGUGCACAGAAAUUUCUCUACUGCUUUUGUCGCCAUCAAAGGAGUCCUUUUCUCGAAUGUGUACUGAUAAUGCUCUCGGACAUGUCAUUUCACUAGUGCGAUGUUGACUUUCAACAUUUUCACAUGCUGUGUGCGUGCUGGCAGGUACAUCACUACACCAAUAUCGCUUGAGCCAAUACUUUUCCCAGGAGGGACAUUCAACUUCUUGCGCCUUUGUACUGUUCUUUUUUGUGUUGCUGCAUUUCGUGUGUCUUCAAGCUUUUGAAGGAAACUAUCUCCAAUGACACCUGUCACAUGAUCCAAUUCGUUCAAAAUGUAAGAUGGCAUUCUCCUAAGGACUUGAGUCCUAUCCAAAGAAUAUAUAUCUCUGACUUUUUGAAGCUUGCUUUCAAAUUUGACCUACUGUUUCCAAUGGCAUCAAUUAGGCUCUUAAGUAGUCUUGGGAACUGAUCUUAGGUAUGGCCGCACACUUACUACCAUAUGCACUCUGUUUCCAAUCUGCAAGAACCUUUCGCCAUUGGCUUUUCAUAGGACGAAAAUAUGCCACAUCUAAUGGCUGUAGCAAGUGUGUCGAGCUAGGUGGUAGAGCCACAAACUUUAUGUUGUUCUCUUCGCAUAGACUUAAACCUCCAGGUUUAUGUGUGAGCUUAAAUUGUCACCGAUGAUGACCUUCACACCUUUUUGUUUUUUAAGAAUGGGCAGGAAGAGUGAUGUGAACCAAUCUUCAAAUGAUUGGUGAUCAAAGCAACCAGAUUUCGUCCUGUUGUAGCGCGCACCUUCUGUCCAUGUUGACCAGAGCUUUUCUGCUUUGUAGUUAACAUAUAAUGGUGCUACAAAGCCCUCAGAAUUACCACAAACCAUUAUCAAUGUGCAGGUCUUUGAUGCAUUACAUAUUUGUUCCGGAUACUUAGUCCCCUUUUUGUGAGAAUUUUCUUGUUGCCUGGAUCAUCUACAAGAUUUGUCUCGUCAUAGUUCCAGAUAUUUGAAGCAGGAACAUUCUGGACCUCUUUCUCAAGAUUGUCGAAACAGUUGUUCACAACUUCUUGAUCUGUUGCAGCUCUGGAAUAACUUAUAUUCUUUGCUGUUAGUUGGGAGAUUACAUUUUUGUGUCUCUUCAUUAAUGAUAUUGCCCAAUCACGGCCAGGAAAAUUGUUGCGGAAACAAGCUACAGUCCUUCCACUGCGGUCAAGAUACGCUGUAGCAACACACCUAAGAUAAAAUGAUGUCACUGGGAAACCAUAUGUAGACAUUGCAAUUAUAUGUGACUCCAAACACUGUUCUUCCACCUCACUAAACACUGUUUGACCUCCGACAGUCUUUGUUGCUUUCUCCUUGGUUUUUAGCCAUAGUGUGUUUCUGUGUAUGCCAUACCUGCAAACAUACCACAAUCCCGAAAAUUAACAAAAGAUACUUUUUGUUAGAAUAAGCAAAAGACAGAGAAUUUGAGAUGGAUACUUACUUCUCUGAGGGUAAAUUUUUUUGAUCUUACAGCAUUCACUGCUUCUUCACGGUGAUUCUGCGUGUAAUUUUUAUAUGGCCGGGCACCCAGUCGUCUUUUGUAAGUUUGUGGCAUGUUCCAGCCUACUUUACGUGUACUGAAAAGGAAAAAAAAAUAAUUGCAUGUUUGAAAACAUUUUGGGGUGACUUUGUGACAAGCAGUUUUUGUCACAUAGUCACACCACAAAGUCACAAUUUUUUGUUCCAUCAAUCAUAAAAAUUACAAACCUUGUGAGAAUUAGUGCUGUUGUAUUGAAACCUUUAAAAAAAUAUGUAUAUAUUUCAAUCUAAAAUACCCAGUUUUACAUAUACAUGACAACAUUCAUUGCCAGAGCGUAAAGUUUCCAAAAUAUGUAAACAAUAACGAAAACUAAUAAAGACAUAGAGUGGACUGCUGAAGAAUUGAAGUAUAGGGUGUCUUCCAAAUUUUUCCAUGCUGGUGCGCCAGGUUACAGCGCAAAUUCUGUAACAGCUGCAAUGAAAUAUCUAUGUAUUUGAGCGCCAUAUAAUUUUUAUUACUGAUUUUCACAAAGUCAACCCACCUGUCACAAAGUAACCCCUUUUUACGGUAGUGCUGUAUAUCUCUCUUUAAAUACAAAAACUUCUUUAUGACUUACUACUAAUGGUUUAUUAUUUAUUUUUUAAAAUUUAUUUUAGAGAAAUGAUGUGUUUUAUUGCUCGCUCAAUUUUGUAAACACUUGGCUAACAGUAAAGACAUGUGUUCAGUUUAUGUCAGUCAGUCAGGAUUUCUAGAUCAUCAUGAAAUUACAAUGUUGUAAUCUUCCACUAAGAAUCCUGUGUCGAACAUUGUCUACAAAUGUCAUAGUUAUGCAGUAGGGCUGGGCCGAUACCAUUUUGGUGAUGCUCUUAGUACUGAUACUGUGCUGCCAAUACACAUUGCUUGGUCCAAAAACCAAAUUCACAGAACGUUCUUAAAUACAACUAUACUCCAAGAUAGUUUCGCAAAAAUAGCAUGAUUUUUAUAAAGUAAACUAAAUAUAUGUGAGGGUAUCAUCGUAAGGUCUCCGCAAAAAUUUUUUCAGAUGCUUCCGAUACUGAUAAUCUCACUAUCUGACUAUAUUGUAGUAUUUUACCGGUCCAGCCCUAAUAUUGAAUUCAAAUUGUAAAGAAGUCAUGUACAAUAAAUCUCUCUGAAAAAAUUUAGCACUAGACCUAUAAAUACCUUAUAAUAAGUAAAAAAUUUUUAAAUACUCAGAGAAACUACUUAACAGAGAUUUACUGCACUUGGUAAUGAGUUACAAUGAUUUUAAACUUUUACACGAAAAUGCCCUUCCAUCUUGGAUUGGUAAUAGUUAGUUGUUAUUCCUAUUUUGAAACAUCCAUCCUAUAUGUUGGCACUACGAAACCUUAUCUUCUGAAGAUUAUUUUGCACCAUUAUUUAUGAACAGACUAGCAUGUAAUGACUGGGAGAAAAAUCACUUAUUACUUCACAGUUACGUCGGGCCGUAGCGGCAUGCCUUCCACUGAAACCGUAAUAAUUUUCAGAUUUUCCCCUAAUUCCUUAUCAUAGUUUACCAAAAUUUUACUGCAGUGCUAUGAAUAAUAGGACAUUUUUGAACCACAAAUAAAAUGUACUAAAUAUUUCAAUUCUAAAUGUACUAAAACUGUGCUAGAAAAUUUUGGUUUGGCCGUCAUUCUAGAUCCGCUCUUGCUCCAACCAGCGCGUGGUUUGUCGAGCCGUGAAAUUAAAUGACACGUCUGUGUUCCGAGUCGGUGGGGCGUGAUCUCCCCUCUCCGACGGUCGCAGCGAGGAAGCUUCGGCAGUCCCGGGUCCAGCCUCCACUCAGCGUCUGACGACUUGCUCGUGACGAGGCGUGAAGCCUGCAUGUUCCAUGCUGCGGACACUUAACCCUUUCCGAACCACGCAGUGUUUCCGUGUCAUUUAGAAAUGAGUCUGUGAGGCCGUGCGCCCAAAUUUUAUCUACAGAUAAUCGGUUUGGCCACAGUGAGAUAUGCCCUUAUGAUAGCAGGUCACAAAAAUAAUUUGAGGGCAGUACAUAACUUAUGCUUCAAUUAAGAGAAAACUGGAAAACCUUAUUCAGCCCAUCAGUCAAUAAUUAAAUAUUGUCUGCUUGGUAUCCUUUUGCAAAACUAUUACUAAUUUAUGUUUUCCUCAAAAAUGGGACAUAUCAUUAUAGGUAUAGAUUUAUGCUUUAAGGAAUGCAACCAUUAGUGUUAGAAACUUCAUGACAUAUGAUGCAAAUUUUUUGUAACGUAACCUUUUUUUUCUAUUUCCGAGAUUCAUUGUAUAUUUGGGCGUUGAUAUGUUAAUUAAUUCUCAGUAUUUCAAUAAAAAUGUAUUGUUGGUCUGUUUUUUUUUAAUUUGAUUUUUUUUUUAUUCAGUUGAGCAGCUUAAAUGAUGGUUCAACUGAAGGUCUCCUAAGACAAGUUGGUUUUCAAGUCAUCAUUUUCUAUAGUAUGGUUCUAGGGAGUGUUUGCCAGGAAUUUAAAAUAAAUUUUAAAAAAAAUCCAGAAGGAUGGUUUCUAGCAAUUGUAAGGGCUUGUUAAUGUAUUUUGAUAGUAAAGUUAGAGAAUUGGUUUGAGUCAUUAUGUUUGUUCAUUAAAACACAAAGAAAAACCAUGUGUUAACAGUUUAAAAAUGUUUUUGUUUGUGUGAUGCAGACUUGUUUUCUUUUCAAUACAUUAUAUGAUGGUAUUUUUCAAACUAAUAUUGUUCAAGCUUUAUUGUAACUUGGUAAAAUAAUUCUCGUACAGAGUGGAAAAAUUGUAUUGGGUGUAGAGAUUUACUGUAUGUUCUACUUGCUAGACUAUGUAUUGAAAGAUUGUGUGCAUUGUUCAUGUGUAGCCCAGAUAAAUGAUAAAUAACAUGGUGAUAAAGAUAAAA